CAAUGCAGCAGAUGGCUGUUGCAGAAUAAACGUCUAGGAACAGCCAGUUCCUCCAGCAAGCGAGCCUAAGCAGGGGGAAAAGACUAGCAAGACCCGGAGGAAGCCCCGCCAGAGGUUCUGGGGGCGCCGCGCUAAUCCUCUCUGGCCCUUAACAAGAUAGAGGCGCAGAAGUCGGGAGGGAAGAGACUCCGACGUAACGCAGGGCUCAGUGUUGCCCUCAGUCCCUUAGCGGUGUGUGAUACCUCCAUUCUCAGGCGUCCUAUAAUCUCUUAUAGGUGCUAAACUGGAAUAAGCUCAGCAAUUAUCCAAAAUGCCUCCCAAGGACCCCGAGGUGGAGAAGCUCAAGAAGGAGCUUCAAGAGGCCAUCGGUCGGGUGCAGGACGACCAGAAGUCCAAGGCCGACACAACGAUGGAGAGCGCGCUGAGUGACUUGGCCGAUGCCCCAAGAACUAAACCCCAGGUCAAGAAGAUGUGCAAAGGUCACCUCAACAAGGUCAACUGCGUUCACUUCUCCGGUGACAGUAGACAUUUAGUGUCCGGGUCACUGGACGGCAAAUUGAUCAUCUGGGAUAUCUAUUCGGGUAACAAGACCCAAAUUAUUCCCCUUCGAUCGGCCUGGGUCAUGUCCGUCGCCUUCUCCCCGUCAGGAAACUUCGUUGGAAGCGGCGGAAUGGACAAUCAGUGUACAAUCCACGAUAUCAAUAAUCGAGACUCCUCGGGGGCUGCGAAGAUUACUAGAGAACUCCUGGGUUACGAGGGAUUCCUGUCGUCUAUGAGAUUCCUGGAUGACAACAACCUCAUCACAGGGUCGGGAGACAUGAAGGUGCUUCACUGGGACAUCACCACUGGCAAAAAGAUCACCGAUUACCUGGGACAUUCAGGAGACGUGGCGACGAUGAGCCUCGCGCCAGACAGCAGUGUCUUCGUCACUGGCUCCGUCGACAGAACCAUCAAGGUCUGGGAUCUGAGGGAUUCCAAGAAUUGUAAGCAGACGUUCUGGGGUCACAACUCUGACGUCAAUUCCGUCUGCUUCCACCCAUCUGGCUUCGCCAUUGCCUCUGGCUCAGAGGACAAGACCUCCAGGCUCUGGGACAUACGCAGUGACCAGCAGGUGAUGGAAUACAAGCCGCCAACUGCCAAUUCGGGUUUUACCUGCUGUGGGUUGAGCAAGUCUGGACGCUUGGUCCUGUGUGGCUCCGAUGACAACUGUAUCCAUCUUUGGGACACCAUGAAGGGCAACCAUAUGGGUACGCUCCAAGGGCACGAAAAUAGGAUUACGUCACUGGCUGUCUCGGAUUCUGGACUCGCCUUUGCCACAUGUUCAUGGGACAUGAGCGUCAGAGUGUGGGGGCUCUAAGCCUAAUCUCCCAGAUACUUUGUAGGAUGUUGAAAACGUCUUCACAAUUAAAAAUGAAUUCAGUUCUCCGGAGCAAGAAAAAAGUUGCAUGGAGUUAAGUGACAUUUAUAGCUCAUGGUAUACAUUCCACAACUUUGGGUAUCUGUCUUUUGGCAAUAUUCAACAACACUUUCUUUUACAUAUAAGUUCUAAAAAAUUGGAUAAGAUAUUUCCCAGCCAUCUUGGUACAGCUAGUCUUGGUUAUUUCUUGCUGGGCUGACUUAGCAACUUACAGGAUUGCAGCAUGACUCUUAUUUAGAUGCUUCAAGGGCAAACAUGGGCUCCUUCAAUUUUUAAGUUUAUUUCCCCUUCCAUUCAUUUGUGGAACUCUGUUCAACCGCCCUGUUACCUAGAGUCAAUAUCAUACCAAUCAUUAUAUUAGACGCUUGUUUUGAACUGUUAAACCUAAAUUUAAGCAAAUAAAUAUUUCACAGCUACGUAAAAUACAAAGUUUAUUCCAUGAGCAAGGAUGUAUCAAAAAGCUUUAAAAACUAAGGCUCAUACAUUAUGAAUAACCAAGAUUUCCCCCACAGAGAACUCACUUGCUCACUUUACAUACAUUCCAGCACGGUACGUAAAAAUAGACAGAAAUAUGCGUAAGCAGCUUAAGAACUGCUGCUGGAGGCAAACCUAGAAAUUAUAGUUCCACUCUUGAUAUUUACUGCCCCGGUUACAAAUAUGAAAAUAAAAUGAUGUCACCUUUAUUGUAUUAGUGUAAUCAUUAGUCUAUAUUCAGUUAUAUAAUGUAAUUCAUUCUAUUGUACUUAUAGCACUGCAUUUCCUAUUUAUUACUACUAUCUUUCAUUGCUUGACUAUCUGAAACCCUUCUUGUUGAAAUUAACCAUUAGGAAGACAUUAAAAAGAAAACGCCCUUGCUGUGGUAAUAAAAUCCUACAUAGUCAAUAAAACCAUUAGCUGAUAUUUUCCAGCAUUACAAGGAUUUUUUUUAAAUGGCCUUUAGUUACAGACAAACAAAUAAAAUCAACAAAAUGCAACUUCUUUACUGUAGAGGCCAAGUGGCCAAAUUCUUAACCAAUAUCAUAUUAUAGCUACAAUUUUGGAUUGAAAUUAUGUAAUUUUAAACAUACUCUUUGUUCCUUAUGUGAUUUUUGUAGAUUGUUGUAAUUAUUGUUAUUGUUUUUAAUUAUUCUGCUGAGUAGCAUAGUGAAGAUAUGUUUAAGAUAGUCAUAUCUGGAUACACUUCACGGUAAUACUGAGGAAAAAAAAGGAAGAAAGAUUAAAUUUGGGUGUUGUAUAAACUACAUUUGAGGAAAGCAAAAUAAGUAAUGACAUACACGUUAGAUAUUUAGCUAUCUUUUAUAGACAAAUGGCUCAAACAAAACCACGAGACUAGCUAAACAUCAGGAUAACUUGGCAUUUGAGUUGGGGGCCUAGGCUCAAUAAGCUAAGCAAGGGUUAACGUAAGUAUACAGUAAUUUGUCUUAAAACUGCGAUACUUUUACAUCGAAGUGCAAGUUGUUAUCCCAUUUCGGUGAAUAAGGUUAUUUGAAAUGCUAUUGGUUACAGAACUAUUGCUUCACUGGAACAAAAGAUUAGUGCAAUUCCAGUAGAUUUUUGGCAGAAAACUUAAGCGGAUGAAGUCAUAUUUCCUUACAAUGUUACUCUGCUGAACUGAGAAAUUUAGAAUAAGAUAGGAAACACUUAAUAGUAGAGUUACUUUAAGGUCUUGGUGGAGAAUUUUGCUUAGCUGUGGGGGAUAGUUAGGCAAAGCUGAUCUACCUUCUGGGGUGCGCUGUUUUCCUCUGCAGGUCAUUAGCUCUCUGAUACUUACAAAAAUAGAACAAAAACUAAAGACAGUCUUAUGAAUUGGGAAGAACUUCACGGAUACCUAAAAUGUAGGGAAUAAAUUAUCUUAAAAAACGAAUUCAUUACAGUCACACUGUGACAGUUUUCUCUGGACUAUUAAUACAAAAGCAUCAGGUUAGUUAAGGCUGGUAGUUGUGGAACAGUAACCCAGUAAAUAACUUGUGCAAACAGCAGACAAGAUGCUUCCUGGUACCUAGAGGUGGUCUUCCUUCCAUGUAACUGUACCUGCUCUCUAGUGGUGGAAGUGAAGCAUUGGUUAGAAUUUUACGGACUUUUUUCUAUUUCAUGUACCCCUUCAUGGGAAUUGUAUAUGUUUUUAAGGGUUAUUUGUGUGUUUUAUAUAGCUGGUUGUAGAGGAUCAAUAACUUAUUAGAUUAUUUGAAUGAAAUGUUAUUUUCCCCUCGUACUAGUAAGGUUUUUCCCAUUUCCUCCCAUUAUCUGUACUGAAUAAUAAGGCUGGAUGAAACGUGUAUUUAAAAUUUGGCUCUUACAUGAGCGCAUUGUUAAAUUCUCGAAAGCAAAUAUCUACAUGAGCAACGGGACACUUAUCUCUCGCUGUUACGACACUUCAGUGCAGGUAAACUUGAUAAAAAAAUAUUUUUACAUUGAUUAUACUGAUUCUAAUAACGUAGAACUUAUCCAGAACAAAAGGAGACCUAAUACUUCAGCCUUAUAUUUAUUAAACUCAAGGAACCGUGGGUCUUCUGCAUCCCUUGAACCUAAUGAGAGAAAGCAGCAUUUUGGGAGACGCGGGAGAAUGUAAGUCUCUCAAUUGACAUCCAGGUUUUUGCUUUGUAGCUCUCUAUACUCUAUAUUAAUAAAGUAUCUUCAAAGCCCCUCUAUAGCAAUUUGCUUUCUUCAUCUUUACUCGCUUCCUCUCAGUUAAACACUGUACUAUAUCUACCCCCUUAAUCUUUCAUAAGUAUAAAGGAAAACCAAAAAUAUCUAGCCCAUCUUUCGAAAGAUGAUGAAGCAGCUCACGCGGCACGUUGUGAUCAAACCUGAUAAUACCUUUGUUGAUUUAUUUGUUUCACGGUAACUAAGGGUCCAAAUAAAGAGUUGUUAGAA